ACAGAAUGAAAGAUAAUAAGAGUCUAGUCAGAGAAACUCUCCUGUAUUCUAAGGGAAAGUUAUUUUUCUAGUCCAUACCAAUCAUGAGGGAAGAAGAUAAUCAACAAUUACUGACUUUAUUUUGUCAAGCAGGACACAUGAUCUCAUCAACUCUAGAAAGUAGUUACAUUAUCAGCACAAUUGUACAGAGAAGGCUUCUUGGGGAAGUUAUAUAUUUUGAUUAAGAUUGUAGAUCUGGUAAGUGGGGAACUGAGAUUCAAAUGCAAAACAUGAGAACCUAAAUUUUUAAGUUUACUGUCUCAUUGGUUUGAUGUAAAUGUAGAUCUCAAUACUCAUAAAACCCUUAUGACACAGGUUUUCCAUUCUAGAGAUACUGUUACUGAGGUUUAAAGAGUUUAAAACUUGCUUAUGUCACUAGGUAAGCGGCAAGGCUGACAUUGAAAUUUAUGUUGGCUGCUUCCAAAGCCUAUGAGUUUUCCAUGAUGUCUCCCUAUAUAGUGUUCCAUUAUUGUCUCACAGAUGCAGCGAUGUGAAGGGAUGGCGUUCAGAAGUGACUGAAUAACUAGCAAUAAUCAUAAAAACACAUGAUGAAAACUUCCUGGUGUAGGUUAUAUUCUUAGCAAAUAUUGUUAAAAUGAGGUUCUGACCAAUAAAAUGUCAAGAAUGUUAGUAUAAAUUGGACAACAGUAUGAAGGUAACUUCAGACUUGAUUUGGCCAUAUUCAACGUAUUAGAUUCUCAUUUGCUCCUCAGCAAAAUGAAGGCCUCCAUUUUCACUUUAUUUCUAUUCUCUGUCCUACUUGCCACGUCCGAAGUGACAAGUGCGAAGUCUGUGAAGCUCUGUGGGCGCGAGUACGUGAGAACAGUCGUCUACAUCUGCGCUAGCUCCAGGUGGCGAAGGUACCUGGAAGGGACCCCUCAAGUCCAGCAAGCUGAGAGGGAAAACUACUUCCAACUUCCAAAUGAGCAUCAGGUUUCUGAGGAAAGCAUAGCACAAAACCUUCUGAAGGUGGAUUCUGUGGGGCAGGAGAGUCUUCAGCAGGGACAGCUGCCCACUGAAGGGCUUUGGGGAGCCAAGAAGCAUUCAGUGAUGUCAAGACGAGACUUACAAACUCUGUGCUGCACUAGUGGCUGCUCCAUGGCUGACCUGAGUGCUCUUUGUUAAGACAGGAGCACAUAUCCAGGGGGUGGCAGAGGUUUAGCACAUGUUUAAUCCCAGUAUCUUGCUGCCCAGUACACUUGCAUUAUGUAAUUUAAAUAACAGCUUUCGGAUAGGCAAUCUUUCUCUCUUAAAAGUUGUCCAUGAAUGGUUAAAGCCACGCUGAAGUCUGUUUUCUUCCUUUGUUAAGACGACUGCACUGUUCUUCUCAAAUUUUAACUAAUCCUUUGAAAUUUCAAAUGCUGUAUAAAAU